AUGGGUUGUCUGGUGAUGAUGGGAGACUCGGUGACGAUGAGUCGCCCGAUGACGUUGCGUCGUGCGUUCGCGUUGCGUCUCGCGGUGACGCUGCGUAGUGUGAUGAUGACGUCGCGUCUCCCAAUGUCUUGCUGUCGUAUGGCGACUACGACUCGUCGUGUGCCUUGGCGUGGUGUUCCGGAAACGGGGGGUAGUAUGGUG